AUGGAUAGAAAUCUGCUUCUGAAAUCUUCGUCAUCUAAGGAAAAGUAUUCACUCAAUACGAAGAUUCCAAUUAUUAAAUCAUCAGAAGACUUAAACAGUAACUACAUGCAAUUUGCUAUAGCUCCUCGCAGGGUCGGUUCUAGUGACUCUGCAUCGCUGGAAGAAAUUCGAUCUAAGCAUACUUCUGAGGUAAAAGCUGCUGCUAAGAUAUUACCCGAUGGUAUGAAUGCAUCAUUGAGUGAACCUAAGAAUGAUUUGAAGAUUUUAGAUAAGAACGGAAGAUUAUCCCCAAUACGAAGAAGUGGCUCACCUAUCAGAAGACAGCAUAUACAUGAAAUCGAACAAGAAAGUUCAAAGAAGAGAAAUACUACAUCUAGCUCACCUACUAAAGCAACAACCAAAAGAAUGAAGACGGUAAGUUUUAACGACCAUGCAUUAUUCGAAGGGCCCAACGAAGUGCCUUCUCUAAAACAAAUGACCCCAACUGCACAACGCCAAACUACUGUCGAAGAAAUAGAUAGUAUCGAUGAUAUGAAGAAUUUUAUAUUUCAAAUUUUGGAUAGAUUAACUAAGGUGGAAGCCACACAAAGAGAUAUUAUUUCCAAGGUUGAAAACUCUAAUGAACAUCAUCUAAAUAAACAAAUAGUUGAGAUGAAUGAAAUCAUUCAACAAUUAAAAGACUCGAUCAAAACGACCAGAUAG